AUGAGCUUCUCACUCACAUUCUCCGAGCUGGUCAACAUCGCCAUCCCGCAGUGCGGGGUGGUGAACUUCAAGGCCCUGCACCUCCUGCUUCAGGGCAUCCUGGAGCACAUCCACAUGGCUGAGCUCAAGAAGGUCCUCUCAGGAGACGAGGACUUUCUCCAGACCUCACCAGUUGUGUUCAUGCCCCGGGAAGCAGAUGCCCAGCCCGUCCUCAGCCCCAUGAAGAGGCUCAGCAAUGUCUUUGACCACGUGGUGAGCCGCAUCGACAAGAUGGAGAGCCAGAUGGCCAUGCUGCAGGACCUACCCUCCACUUCCCAGCUGCUGGAGGGCAGCCAGGGCAGGGGCCAGCCUGCCCAGGACCUGUGGCACCUAAUAAAGCUUCGGAAGAUGGUGGAGGGCAACGAAGAAGCCACGGCAAAGUCCAUGAAGACUCUGCAGGAUUUGCUUACUAAUAUUUAUGCACUCAGGAACACCACUGAAACUCUCAGAAAGGAUGUGGACAGACUGAAGGACAUAGUUGACAAGAUGCAGCCGGAAAGAAUGGAUACUUUGUUCGAAGAUCUGAAAGGACAGAGCAGGAGGAUGAGUGCACUGCAGCGGGAAGUGGUUACUCUCCAGAGCAAAAUCCUCACCAUCCCCAAAGCUGAGGACGUGGUGCUCUGGAGCAGCCUCCACGAGGCCAUGUUCAACCCCGGAACUUCUGCAAGAGGAUCUGGUCCAACACAGAUUGAGGAUUCGGACCUGUGGCAGUUGGUGGAUCAGCUCCAAGAUACUGGUCAUCCUCAGACCACCAAGUACCAUGAAGCUGUUGGUCAUGUCCAGAUCUCAGAGGCCAUCCAGAGCCCCAGGUUACUCGAGACUAUCUGGCAUAACAAGACCCCCAGGCAGCUACAGGAGGAGGAAUAUGACCAAGCUGGUUCACACUACCACCUUGGCCUCCAUUCAUACCUGGGCCUGGCCCUGGCCCUUGGCCUGCCCUCGGACCUGGGCCUGGCCCUGGCCCUUCACCUGCCCUUGGACCUGGGGCUGGCCCUGGACUUUGGCCUGCUCUCGGACCUGGGACUGCCCCCGGGCAUGCACCUGCCCCAGGGCUUCAGCCUUCGCCGCGAGAACUCACAGUCUGGUCAGGCAGAGGUGCACCUGCUCCCAACUGUCUCAGAAAUUGAGGAAGACUAUGUAUCCCAGGACAUGCCAGCCCCUCAGGACAGGGCGCCCAGGGCUGGGGCCCCCAAAGAGGCACCUGCUAAGACUGCCCUUCAGCGCCUGAAGACCACUGCGGCCAUCGCGGCCAGUGCCACGGCCUCCUACGCAGCUGCUGCCACCUCAGCGGCCCGGAGAGCCGAGGUUGUCGCCAAGGCUGUCAGGGACGCCCCUGCCACCAAGUUGGCCACCAUAGCAACGUCUGUGGCUGCAUCCGGGCCCUUAGGGGCCUUUGCAGACAGCUUGGGUGCGGGCCCUUCCCGCGGGGCCUUGGCUUUCACUGAGGACACAGAGGGGCAGGACCUCUCUCCCCUGUACCCUGCUGCCAGCCUCCCUCCCGAAAGGACCCUGUCCCAGGUCAUGCUGACUGCCCAAAAGGCUGUGACCCCUGAAGACAAGAAGACGGCCGUCAGGUACUCCAUGGGCCGCAUAGCCCAGAUGCCCAUUAGACACGACUCCCUGAAAGAAGAGUUUGCCCAGCUGUCAUCCACCCUUCAACAGCGCUUGAAUUACCUAGCUAAUAUGGGAGCCUCUUCCAAGCUUGGGACGACAGUGGACGUACUGCAGGAAAAGAUCGGGACCCUCCAGAGAUCCAGGAUAAAGGAGGAGGAACUCGAGAGAGUUUGGGGUCACCAGAUAGAGAAGAUAAAGAAUCACCACGUCGUGCUGGACAGGGCAGUGGAGAAGCUGCAGAUUCGCUUGGAUGACUUGAAGAUUGUCCAUGCUCAAAUUAAAAACCUUGAAAUGCACAAGGUGGACAAAAGUGUGAUGGAGCAGGAAUUGAAAGAGAAAGCCGACAGGAGCACCCUGGCAAGCAAGGCGAGCCGGGCCGACCUGGAGACAGUAGUGACAGAGCUGAACGAGAUGAUUCAGGGCAUGCUCUUCAGGGUCGUGACCCACGAGGAUGACUGGAAGAAAGCUCUGGAGCAGCUGAGCAAGGACCUGAGCACCAAGCUGGUCCACAGUGAUUUGAAUGGUCUGAAGAAAGACAUGGAUGAGAUCUGGAAAGUACUCAGGAAGCUCCUGAUUGAAGGCCUACGAUUUGACCCUGACAGUGCUGCCGGCUUUAGGAAGAAACUGUUUGAGCGGGUGAAAUGCAUCUCCUGCGACCGGCCUGUGGAGCUGAUGACGGGCCCGCAACUCAUCACCAUCCGCAAAGCCCACCUGCUUUCGAGGCUGCGGCCAGCCAGUGCCAACACGUAUGAGUACCUGCAGCAGCAACAGUUGAGGGAACAUCGGCGGCUACAGCAGCUCCGGGACCUUGGAGACCAGCAAAGUAGUCUGGAUUCGCUGGGGUCCCAGAAGGACUGGGGCGACGGCCCUGGCAAUUUUGCCAACCUCCAGUUCAACUCCUAUGACUUGUCAACGCUCUACCCCUACGGGGACCCCGAGGUGUUGGACUAUGACACCGCUGAGGUGGACAUUCUGGGAGUGGACGGGAUCCUGUACAAGGGCCGAAUGGCCAACCAGGAUGGGGCACGGCCUUUGACCAGCGUUGAGAAGAGGACAGCUGUGAAGAUUCCACACCCUCCAACUCGAAACCUGUAUGAUCGUGAACGCCCAAGUACCUUUUAUGGUUCCAUCUACCCCCCCCUGCACACCCAUGCCAGCGUGCGCUCCGCUGCCUCAGGCCCCCCGCCUACAACACCAGCUCAGCCUCCAUCGCUGCUGCCCCUGCCACUGCUCCCCCCACUGACGCCAUCCGGGCGGGACCCCCAGCAGGCCCCAGGGCCCGCCCGGCACCCAAGGGCUCUGCGCCUCGAGUCCCGAGCCAGCACGCAGCCAUCCGAGGAGCCCACCAAUCCGUGA